ACGCAGGAUGCAAGGACUGAAAUUUUUUUCAGGAUACGAGUCGCGAUCUCAUUGGCGUUGUGAGACGAGUUUCAGUGACUGUGAUAUUAAUUUAAAGUAGGGCUAGUGACGGAUUUUUAGUUUUUACAGAAAUUCAGCUGAAAUCAAUGCAACAUGUACGGCCUAAUUCUGGAAAAUAUGUCCGAGUACAUAAAGCAAACCUACGGCGAGGAAAAAUGGGAAGAGAUAAGGCGCGCCGCGGCCGUGGAUCAGCCGAGUUUCAGCACCCAUCAGGUCUAUCCUGAAGCUUUGAUUCCUCGCCUGUCGAAAAAGGCCGUUCAGAUAUUAAAAGUGAGCGAGAAGGAUUUUUUCGAGCAAAUGGGCGUGUUUUUUGUCAGUUUCGUCAGUCAAUACGGCUACGACCGAGUCCUUUCAGUCCUCGGCCGGCACAUGAGAGACUUCCUCAACGGUUUAGAUAAUCUCCAUGAGUAUUUGAAGUUUUCGUAUCCCCGAAUGCGGGCGCCAAGUUUCAUUUGCGAGAAUGAAACGAAACAAGGACUGACUCUACAUUACCGAAGCAAAAGACGAGGGUUUGUUUACUACACGAUGGGACAGAUCAAAGAAGUAGCUAGACAUUUCUACAAUAAGGAAAUGAAAAUUGAGCUAGUGCGGGAAGAGUUACUUUUCGACAUGGUUCAUGUCACUUUCCAGUUAACAUUCGAUAAUCGAGCUUUCACUCUCGCAUCGCUGGCGAUGACAAGGGAGGAAAAACACUUACCGAUUAGUGCGUCUGUUUUGUUUGAAAUUUUCCCCUUUUGUAUAGUUUUUGGUUCAGAUAUGAUAGUCCGUAGCAUAGGCAACUCUCUCAUGGUGAUUUUACCCGAUUUAAUUGGGAAAAAAAUAACAAAUUGGUUCGAUUUAGUGCGGCCUUUAACAGCGUUCAAGUUUCAAACGAUUUUAAAUCGCACAAAUAAUAUUUUUGAACUAGUGACAGUCGAACCAAUCCUCCACGACAAACCCCCGGAAAGAGGGAGACAAGAGAUGAUACUAAGCGACGAACUGGAUUUGGAGGAAGACCGGAGUUUGAGACUUAAAGGGCAAAUGAUUUAUAUGGACAAUUGGAAGAUGAUGAUGUAUCUAGGAACCCCCGUAAUGCCUGAUCUGAAUUCACUAAUCAAUUCCGGGCUUUAUAUUAAUGAUCUCUCCAUGCACGAUUUCAGCAGAGACUUGAUGUUGGCUGGAACCCAACAGUCGGUCGAAUUGAAAUUAGCUCUGGAUCAGGAACAACAGAAAAGUAAAAAAUUGGAAGAAUCGAUGCGAAAAUUGGACGAGGAAAUGAGACGAACGGACGAAUUGCUCUACCAAAUGAUUCCCAAACAAGUGGCCGACAGAUUACGAAAAGGCGAAAAUCCGAUUGAUACAUGCGAAAUGUUCGACAGCGUUUCAAUCCUUUUCUCCGAUGUUGUCACAUUCACGGAGAUUUGCAGCAGGAUUACGCCAAUGGAGGUUGUUUCAAUGCUGAAUGGCAUGUAUUCGAUUUUCGAUACGCUGACUGAGAGAAAUCGGGUGUACAAAGUGGAGACGAUCGGGGACGCUUACAUGGUGGUGUCGGGGGCCCCCGAGAAGGAGGGCAACCACGCGGAACGCGUCUGCGACAUGGCUCUGGACAUGGUGGACGCCAUCACCGACUUAAAAGACCCUUCGACAGGCCAGCAUUUGCGAAUCCGGGUUGGAGUCCACUCCGGAGCCGUCGUGGCCGGAAUCGUGGGCUUAAAAAUGCCCCGAUAUUGCUUAUUCGGCGACAGUGUCAACACUGCCUCGCGAAUGGAAUCGACAAGUGAGGCGAUGAUGAUCCAUAUUUCGGAAUAUACGCGACAAUUGCUGCCCCCUGCCUACACCGUGCUCGAGCGAGGGGAGAUCCAAGUCAAAGGAAAAGGUCAUAUGAAAACGUAUUGGUUGAAGGGGAAAGAGUCAAGGACGCCGAUAGAUCGCCGGGAAAAGGCACCGUUUCACCAGGAGAUCGAUCCUUUGGAUAAUAGAGAAUUUAAACAUCCUAACAUUCAUGCGGAGGAUAGAAGGAGUGUCGUUUAUUCUCCCAUCACAUUUCAGGAUGUGGCGCGGAGGAGUAUUGCGAGUUCUCCGGUUAAAUAUUCGCAAAGUACCAGAGGUCUCCCUCCCUGUUUUCUGGAAAAAGUAACCAAGCUACGUUCGAACUCCGCUGGGGCUGUGUACGGCAUGCGCGACCCCGCCGACAUUUUCGGGGCCAUGGUCCGCGACAGCUCCCCCAUCAAGGAGGACGCCGACGGGCCCUCAAAGACUCAGGAAGUGAGUUUAGUGGCGCAGGGGGCGCCCUUGGCGGCCCCACCCUCCAUCUUCCUGUCGAACCAAUUCGACAAAAAAGAUAAAGACAAAGACAAUAACCCGUACGAGUUCGGGAGAUCGAUGUACAACUACGCGAAGAAGCUCGAAGGACGAAAGGGCGAGAAAGGGGAGAUGCCCGUCUCGAAGAGCGACGGCGACCUUCAAGGGAAGAAAACUUUGCUUAAUUUAUCCAACAACUUGCACAAGAACCAUCAUCAGCACCAGUGCUGCUCCGGGUUCGGCGCCGGGAACAGACACAGGUUCCAAAGCAACGCUUGUGUCAUCAACUAAUGACCAGAUCUCUUCGUGUUUCAUAGAUUAGGGUUCAAUUCGAUGUGAUAGGACACAAAAUACUCAUCUUAAUACUGUGCUCUUGAAAUUAUUUUAUAAAAAAUAUUUGUACCUCUCAUAAUUCCUAGUCUAGGCAUUUUUAUGUACAUAUCAUCAAUAAA